GCGGAGAGAAGCACUUCCUGCAGAGUGUUUGCGUUGUUUAGUCUCUCAGACUCGCUGUUUUUCUCUCUUUAUCAUGGUUUAUUCUCGUGUUGGUGUCUGCUGUCCGCGCUGACUGCUGUCUGCUCUGGCAUGGAGUCUCCAGCGGUGGAUGAUGAUAUCUGUAUCCUGAAGCAUGAGACGGCGUACGUCUCGCCCGAGAGCCCCGUGUCCGCGUGCGCCGGAGACGAGUCGGUGGCGUCUCACUUCGCUCUGGUCACCGCCUACGAGGACAUCAAGAAGAGACUCCGAGACACGGAGAAGGAGAACGGCCUGCUGCGCCGGAGAGUCAAGCAGCUGGAGGACAAGCAUUUCCGUCCUGAAGCGCCUCCGUCUGAAGGACCGCAGUACAUGAACAAAGCCUUCAGCGCGUACCGCGGCAUCUACAUCGAGAAGGAGGACUUACAGAUGGAGCUCAAUAAAGUGAAAAAGGAGAAGCUGGAUUUAGAGAAGCAUCUGACGGAGCAGCUGCAGGCCAAAGAACUGGAGCUUCUGCAGCUCAGAUCGGAGAUGGAAACAAGCCAAGUGAUGAAGAGUCUGACGGAUACGGCGGAUUACUGGCAGGUGGACAGAUGCAGCAGUGAAAUGAAGAUCCACUCUCUGCAGGAGCAGCUGGAGCGCUUACAGAUAGAGAACGACGCGCUGCACAAGCUCUGCAGGGCCGGACAGGCUGUUUGUGAAAACUGUGUAGUUGAUGAGGAUCAGUCUCAUGAAGCUUUGACAGACGUCAGGACGAUGGCCAUGGUUGAGUCGUAUCAGGGCAUCCUCAGUGAAGUGUCCCGUUUGCAGUCAGUCGCUCGGUCUCAGUCGGAGCUGGUGAGGAAGAUGAGAGAGAGACCGGCGCUGCCAGUCUUCAGACGAGCUGCUUCAACUGUUCCAGUGCAGUGCCUGGAUGAUGUGCAGAAGAGCAGUGUCCCUCGUCCCCCCAGCGCGCCUCCGCUGCCUUCAGUCCCAGACGGCCCCCAGGACCCCUGGCCCCUCCCGCGUCCGGCCCCGCUGGGCAGCCCCGGCGUGCGGCUCAAUCCCCCCCCACGCAUGAGCUCGCUGGACGACAGCUCCUGGUCCUUCCCCAGCCCUCCUAGACCCAGCGAUGCUCUGUUCUGGGACCAAACCAAGCCCAAGAGCCCCGCCGGAGACUGGGGCCAACCGUACUGAAUCCCGGCCCCGGCCCUCCACACCUUACCUGCCUUAACACACACACAUCCCUCUCUGGAUGAUCCCGGAUGAGCAAAUACCUCGAGCAGACUGGGAUGGAGAAACCCUUGAGCGGACGCAUUCCUGACUAGGGUUCGGUAUCGUUUGAAUUUGAAUUUCGAUUCCGAUUCCGAUUCUUAGCGAUUAA